AUGACAUAAUUACUCACCUAACAACCUCAUUCAUCCAAUAAUAAUUUCUAGACACAAAAUAAUUGGCCUAACUCACACCCCAAUCUAGACGGCGUCAAGCUGAUAAAUGAUAUUAGUGAUGAUUAUAAUCCUCAAUUGAUUGAUCAGCUGAGUAGAGCAGGAAAUAAUGGAGUUUCUUCUAGAUUUUCAAUGCCAUUGAAACUAAACAACAUCAAGAGCAAUAAUAAAAUUAUGAUGUUGGUUGCUUAGGACUAGUUCAGCCAGAAAGCUAUUUAGCAAAAAUACAAGAUUCUAGAAACCCUAGACAAAGCUUGA